UUACUGCUCUGACUUUUCUCAUGGAAAUAAUUGUAAUUAAAAGGAAAGGAAGUGACUAUUACUGGCCAAAUAGAGCCACCAUUGAUGAGAUAACAGCUUUUCAGCUGGGCAAAACAUUCUGCCUUGCAGGAGCUCCAAGAACAGUUUUAUUCCUUUAAAUCCAAUGAUUUUUGAAUGAAGAGGAUUAAUCAGGCACUGCUGAAGAACAUUCAGCUGUUCUUUCUGCUGCUGCCACAAGGAACCUCCUCCUUUACCUCUACAAAGAGUUUUUACUGAAGUCCCUGUUUGCUCAAAGGAGAAAAGGAGGGAACAAUCCCAAACUCCUCUCCACAACUCCGAGAGCUCAGAACCUGAUGAAAACCCACAGCUCACCCAGCCAAAGCAGGAGCUGCCCUUCUCCAUCUGCUCCUCAGAUGGUUUUGCCUCAUCCCAAGGACAGCCCCACUGGCUGUGUCAAAACCAGGAGAUUUUUAUGGCACCAUGGAUGGGGAUUCACACAAACCAGGGCUCUGUUACCUCCAGUAGAGAGCGAGGAAGAGGAUGACAAUGAAAUGGAAGUGGAAGACCAAGAUAGUAAAGAAGCUGAGAAGCCAAACAUCAUUAACUUUGAUACCAGUUUGCCCACAUCACAUGUGUACCUGGGCUCGGACAUGGAGGAGUUCCACGGCAGGACGGUGCACGAUGACGACAGCUGCCAGCUGAUCCCCGUGCUGCCCCGGGUGAUGGUGAUGCUGAUCCCCGGCCAGACGCUGCCGCUGCAGCUCUUCCGCCCCCAAGAGGUUAGCAUGGUGCGGAAUUUAAUUCAGAAAGACAGAACCUUUGCUGUCCUUGCAUACAGCAAUGCACAUGAGAGGGAAGCACAUUUUGGGACGACAGCAGAAAUCUAUGCCUACAGAGAAGAGCAGGAAUAUGGAGUUGAAACAGUCAAGGUGAAAGCAAUAGGAAGACAGAGGUUCAAGGUGCUUGAAAUACGAACACAGUCAGAUGGAAUCCAGCAGGCUAAGGUGCAAAUCCUGCCUGAGCGGGUGCUGCCUCCCACCAUGGCAGCAGUGCAGCUGCAGUCUCUCAGCAGGUGCCACGUGCUGCCCUCUUCCAAACCCACCUCCUGGCACGACAGGGCCAUCAGGCAGUGGUGGCAGAAGUACCAGAAGAGGAAGUUCCACUGUGCAAGUUUGACAUCUUGGCCCCCCUGGCUCUACUCUCUCUAUGAUGCUGAAACCUUGAUGGAGAGAGUCAAGAGGCAGCUCCACGAGUGGGAUGAAAACCUCAAAGAUGAAUCUCUGCCAUCAAACCCAGUAGAUUUUUCUUACAGAGUUGCUGCCUGCCUGCCCAUUGAUGAUGCUCUGCGUAUCCAGCUGCUCAAAAUAGGCAGUGCUGUGCAGAGGCUGCGCUGUGAGCUGGACAUCAUGAACAAAUGCACAUCUCUGUGUUGUAAACAAUGCCAGGACACAGAAAUAACUACCAAGAAUGAAAUAUUCAGCUUGUCCCUGUGUGGGCCCAUGGCAGCCUAUGUGAAUCCCCACGGGUACAUCCAUGAAACCCUCACUGUUUAUAAAGCCUCCAACCUGAGCCUCAGUGGACGCCCCUCCACAGAACACAGCUGGUUCCCUGGCUACGCCUGGACCAUCGCUCAGUGCCGCCUCUGCGGCAGCCACAUGGGCUGGAAGUUCACGGCCACCAGGAAGGAGCUGUGUCCCCCCAGGUUCUGGGGGCUGACGCGCUCGGCGCUGCUGCCGCGCAUGCCCGAGGACGCGGAGGACGCGGAGCGCGGCCGCUCGCCCCUGCUGUGCCUGUGAGAGCCCAGAGCCCUGCCCGGGGCUGCUCCUCCUCCUCUGCCCCAAACCAUCCCCAGAACCAGCUCAGCCCUGCCCCGGGCUGCUCCUGCACAGGGCACACCAGGAGUGGGACACCGGGAAAGCUCUGAUCGCCUGGACGCAGCUGGGACUGGACUUGUGGAGUUCCCACCUGCAGUGAAGGAAGGAAGGAGAUGGAAACUAAAACCAAACUAAAAUCCCAACGAGCAGAGUCUGAUUGCUGCAGUAUUGCCGGGAUGGUAGAUGGCAGUUAGCUGCUGUGGAGUGUUGGCCAUAACACACUUACACGUGGUUUGCUGAGAAUCCCUGUUGCUAACUCUCUGGAGUCCUUCAGGUUUGCUGCUUGUGCUGUUUCUCAGUUUUUGCUGAAUAACCGUGGAAGAGAGAAGCAGCCUGAGCGUUUCUGAGUGCUGGGAUGUGCAAAGCUGGGAUUGCAGCUCCUGCCAGGAUGGACCCCGUGGGGAAGUGUCUGUUCCUUACAAGUUGUCUCAUCUGUUUAGUCCCUUUGACUUUAGAAGUCUUAAAUUUUAAACUGUUGGUAAGAAGUGCACAGGUCAGUCCCAGAGGGUAAAACAGCAUUGUCAUGUUCUGCUCAGUGUGCUUCAGUCACUUCCCCCAAUUAUUCCUGGUGAAUUUACCAGUGGAGGUGGCCAGGGGAUUGGGAAGGACUCUAAACCACCCCACUGAGGUGAUUUUAAAGUAAUACUUGUUGUGACAAAGGGAAGGAAAAAUCUCUUUUAAUUAUUUCAUUGUAACUUUAAGAUCAUAAAGUAAAAUUUCAUGUUAUCAACUUAUAAAGAGCAAAAGUUUCCAAAUAAAAUAGGAAUACAGGCAGUGCUUUUUUUGUGGGGAGGUUUCUUGGGUUUUGGUUUGGUUUUUGUUUUGUCUGUGCUCCACAAAUUGGGUGCCAAUCUGGGGCAGCUUUUGCCAGUGAUUUAUUUUUUUUUCCCUCACAGAAUGCACUUUUUUGAUGGCAAUGGAGAUUUUUUUUAGUGCUUGUGCACGUAAACACUUGUUUUUCUUGUGAAGCUUUUAUCAUUCACUCUUCAUUUCUUGGCAGUGAUGUUAAACUAGUCAAGUGUAAGACACGAGCCAGUGGCUGCUUGUUCUCUGUCAGGCUCCAGGCAGGUGCAGCAAGGCCGGAUCAUUCAGUGAGGGCCAAGGCCAAGCCUGGCAGUGUGGAAAAACCCCCCAAACCAUGGACUUGCUGCUGGGCAUUUGUCUUGCCAGGUAUGUAGAGAUUAAUUGUGUGACUCAGGUUUAGUUCUUUGGAACUUUCUACCUCUGUGCUGCUUCUGUUCUUCUUAGACACCUUUAAUGUUGUGCUCAGUUCCCUGUGCAGUGCCCUGACUUGGCAGUGAACUGUGGAAAGCAGAAUUUUGCUGUGGUGUGUUCUUAAGUUUGUUAGUUUGCUCUCUCAUUUUCUGUAUUAAAUGGUUUCUUCUUUUCUGAGAAGUGUGAGGAGUGAUUGACUGAGCCUAAGGAGGAAACAACUUUCACUUUAUAACAGAAACCAAGGGAGGAGCAGUUUCAUUUCCAUGGCAACCGAACUGACAGGGUCCUGGGAAAGGAAGAAACCAUUUAAUACAGAAAAUGGGGGGAGCAAACUAACAAACUUAAGAACACACCACAGCAGAAUUUGGGAUGUGGCUCUGAGCAAACAGAGGGUGAUGGUGGCUCAUUGUCAUCCAGAGAACAUCCUGGAUGUUGAUAAUGAUUCAUGAUGAGCUUGGAAAGCCAGGCACUGGUGUGAGAGGGAGAUUGGAUGCUCUGUGUUAGUGAAUCCACUGGAACCAGGCCUGGCUUUCCCUCACCCAGCACAUCUGGGCUGUGUAUUUGGGAUAAUUUAUGUUUUCCCCUCAGAGUCCCUCCUGUCUGUUGUUCCUGUGGCCCUCAGUGGCACUUGGUGGUGACAGGAAGUUGUAGGGUGCUGCCAGCACCUUCUGCUGCCUUGGUGGGAGCACUCACUGGGGGCUGGGAAGGGAAUUCCAAAAGGAUUUUCUCAGCUGUCACUGAAUUUUAAAGGUUCAGUUCUUUUGGCCGAGUCUUUUGGAUUCUCAAUUAAAAAUGGCAAUGUUUGAAUCCAGAACAAGCAUUUUAUGGUGUUUUGUGUAUAUAGUCAAAUGCAAACUAACAUAAUUGAGGUAAGUCAGGAGUAAAUGAAUGCCAAUUAAAUGUGAUUGUUGAUGAUGCUGUUCCAUGUGCUAAAGCUGUGCUGGGUCCAUGGCACUUCCCAGGUUAACUCCUGUGCUGGUGAAUCUGGGAGCUGUCAGAGCAUCCAGCACUCCAGGCGUGGGCUGGGGAUGGUUCCUUACACUGGUUCACAUUUUCCAUCCUUUUCUCUGUUUUGAAGAGAAAACUGUUGUGGGAAUUAGGGAAAAUUUGGAGCAUCAUUAUGGAAAAAUACAGACAGCAAGUGCCCAGAGAGCUAAUCAGAGGAAAGCAGGUUUGGUGAAUAUUUACAUGUACCCCAUUGAUUGGCUGAGGAUUCCUGCAGGAAUUAAUUCAUUAAUGAAUCCAGUGGGACUGAGGGGUCACAGGAUUUCCAGCACAGACUCAUUUCCAAGCCAUCACUGCAGCAUCACCAACACCCCCAGGCAGAGCUGUAACUUUGCAACUUUUCAUUUAUUUUAGGUUCAUUUCGACAAAUAGGUAGAACCACUUGUACACUGGGUCUGGAAUAUUUCAGAUACUCAUUUGUCUUUUAUUAAUUCUCUUUUUGGAUGUGCUGCAGUUCAUUUGUUCCUCUCUGUGUCACCUUUAAUUGCUCUGUGCUCUGCUCCAGGGCUAGCCCAGGCUCUGCUUUAACUCUUCCUUCUCUCUGCCUUUUGGGACAACUUUUCUGACAAAUCUUGUGGCUUGCAAAUAUUUGCAAAGAAUAAAAAUCAAUUUGUUUCAAAACUCA